AUGGAGAAGAAUGAAACCGUGCCCUUGAACACGUUUGACAGCGUGUCGAUGCUCGCGGAGAUGGUAUUGACGAUCAUGCUCAAAUAUGAUCCAGUGCUCGAUCCCCGGGUCUUGGAAGCCGGACUCGUCGAGUUGGUCAACAAGGAAGGCUGGCGCAAGCUUGGCGCACGUCUCGAGCGUCAUAAAGGACGACUCGUGUACCAAAUCCCAGCGUCCUUUAGCAGUGAAUGCCCGGCGGUAGCCUUCUCGCACGUCCACCACGACCUGCGCAUGGCCGAUCACCCCAUUGCGCGCCACAUACCCACUUCUCAGGCGCUCUGCGGCGACAAGCCGAGCGUCGUACUCGAUCCCGACACCCUCCCCCCCCCUGGCGCGGCGUGCCGGCGCACCCAGGGGUUCUGGAGAAUGGAUCGCUUGCGGCUCGCCGCAGCUCAAACUCCACGUGGUCACUUUUCGCGACGGCACCACGGUGGCGGUCAGCUGCCUGCACUCGCUCUGCGACAUCACAGGGCUCGGCGCCGUGCUGGACGCCUGGUCCCUGGUGCUGCGCGGCCGCCGCGUCCCGCCCGCCGGCGCUUCCACCCACACCCGCUGCGCACGCUGCUGUGGGUGAUGCGCCGCACCUGGGAGAACCUCGCGUGGCACCGCGGGUGCGAAAGCCGCCUCGUCUGCGUUCCUGAACCCUUCCUCGCGCGCCUGCGGCAGGACGUGCUGGCACGCCUGGCUGCCAACCAGCCCGCAGACCCCGAGGGCGACGGGCCGCAGCCCUGGGUGAGCGAGGGGGACGUCCUGGUGGCCUGGUGGAGCCGGUACGCGACGCUGCACCUCGCCCGCUGGCCCGGCAGGCUGCUGUCGCUCAACAUCGCGUACAACAUGCGCCGGGCGCUGGCGGGGAGGCUGCUGCCGCCGCGGGGAGGAGGGCGAGGUCCUGGUGUCCAACUGCUCGGUCGGGUUGACGGCGUUCACGACGUGGCUCCGGGCACCGUCGACUCGAUCGCCGAGACGGCCGCGCUGGUGCGCCGGACCAUUGUGGAGAUGGGCACGGCCGAGCAAGCUGGCGGUGAUGCAGGCCGCUUGCAUGCCGGACCCUUCGCGGCCGUGGAGGCUGCGCGUGUGCGGCUCCGUCGGGAUGCACACCUGCAUGUUCUCCAACUGGACGCAGGCGCGCUUCUACCACGUCGAUCUCGGCCGCGAGGACGGCGGGUGGCGAUGAUCUCUGUGCGGACGCCGAGGCCCGAGCCGGUUCGGGACUCGUUCAUUGUUGUUGGAAAGGAUGCUCAGGGGAGGUAUUGGUUCUCGGGCAGACUGCGGAAGGGGCUAUGGGCUAAUAUUGAAAAGGAGUUGAAGAGAGAGUUCUUGUAA